AUGGCCGGGCCGGGGCCGGAGCCGGGGCGCGCGUGGCGGGCGCUCGCGCUGUGCGGGGCCUCCCUGUUCCUGGCGGCGGCAGCGGCCGGCGGAGCCCUGGUGGCCUGGAACCUGGCGGCCUCGACGGCCCGGGGCCCGCGCUGCCCCGAGCCGGGGCCUAACGCCACGACGCCGCUCCCGGGGCCGGACCCGGAGCUCGAGGAACUUCGGCGGCGGCUGGCCGAGGCCGCGCAGCGCGAGGACAGUCUGGCGGGGAGGCUGAGCCAGGCGGAGCGCGUCCGAGAGGAGCUGGAGCAGUCGCUGAGGGCCUUGGAGGGUCGACAAAGCCUGCUGCAGGCCCAGCUAAAGGCGCUGGACACGGAGAUGGACAAGGCCAAAGCGCGGGCGGCCCGGCUGGGGGUCGAGAACGGGGCGCUGGCAGGUGAGUGGGGCAGGGCGGCUGGGCUGGGGGGGCCCCAGGUCCUGGGCACACGGUGACCGGCACGGGUGCCCCGCGCUGCCGCUGCGGAGGACGCGCUCGGAGCCCUCGGGGAGGGGUGCGGACGGCAGGCGGAGCCACGAGUUCGCAACUGCCUCGGGCACUGCGCGAAGUCGCUGUGAACCGAGAAAAGCCAUGCCAAGGACGCGCAGAGGCCGCGAAACGGCACACUGACUUCAA